AUGGUCACGGUGCAUUUCAUUGGUCCUUAUCAGAUUUUAAAGAAAGUAGGAGAAGUGGCCUACAAAUUUUCUUUACCAACAUCUCUUUUGAAUCUUCACAAUGUGUUUCACGUGUCUCAACUUCAAAAUUAUGUUCCAGAUCCGUCUCAUGUGAUUCUAAUGGAAGAUGUGCAAGUGAGAGAUAACUUGACUGUCGAUGCAUCACCAUUGAGAAUUUAUGAUCGAGAAGUGAAACACUUGAGUGGCAAAUAUAUCGUCUUUGUGAAGGUUGUAUGGGUAGGACCUGUUGGAGGAAGCAUGACAUGGGAGAUGGAGAGUCAGAUGAAAGAGUAUUAUCUGGAGUUGUUCAAUUCAGUGGAUGUUUAG